CGGAAAGAUGGACGUCAGUCUGGACGUCAGCUGUGAAUUGCCAAAAAACAGCAAUAAAUUUACUGGUACAGACGAAAAAACGAUUAAUUCCCAUCGUAAGGGAGUCUCUUGUGUUAAGUUUAGCCCAAACGGGCAAUUUAUAGUUUCCUCUUCAGCCGACAAACUGAUCAAAAUAUGGAACUUGGCUGGAAAAUUAGAAGGGACUUUGAAAGGACAUAAGCUUGAAGUUUCUGAAGUUUCUUGGAAUUCUGCGAGUCAGUUUCUUGUUUCGGCGUCAGACGACACCAGCGUUAGGAUAUGGGAUCUUGCCAGCAUGACUUGUGUUAAGAUUCUUCUUGGUCAUCAAGAUUAUGCCUUCUGUUGCUGUUUUAACUUGAAAACAACUUUGGUUGUGUCGGGUUCAUUUGAUGAAAGCAUCAAGAUCUGGGACGUGUCUGAAGGUACUUGUCUGAAAACCUUAGUUGGCCACAGUGGAGCAGUAACAGCAGUGCUGUUCAGCAGGGACGGGACCCUUGUCAUCUCUUGUAGCUAUGACAGCAAAUGCUGUGUAUGGGAUGUACUGUCUGGCUGUUGUUUGAAAUCCAUCUCAGUAAGCCAGCAGUCAAAUUUACCCAUAUCUCAUGCCACAAUGUCACCAAAUGGCAAAUAUCUGUUGAUUUCAACCCUUGAUAGCACACUUACAAUGUGGGAUUACAAAAUUGGACAAGGAAGGAUUAUCAAAACCUACCAAGGACAUCUAAACAAGGACUAUUGUGUAAUGAGCUGCCUUAGCACAGUGAAUGGCAAGUGGGUAUUAUCUGGAUCAGAAGACAAUCAGCUGUAUAUGUGGGAAAUAAACUCUUGUCAAAUUGUGGGAAAGCUGAGUGGACACACAAAACCUGUAUUAAGCUGUGAUGCUCAUCCAUCAGAUCAAGUUAUUGUAUCAGGUUCACUUGAUAAGAGCAUCAAGUUAUGGAGGUGGUCUUCAGAUGAGCAAGGUGUACUGUGAUCUCCUCUGCCUUCUACAGUUGCUCUGCAGUUUCUCGGAGAAUGUUUGCAAAGGGCCUCCAAAGCAUUGAGAAAAACUGGCUGGAUCUUUUUCAACAGUCGGCAUUUCAAGACCAUGCUCUGUGGCACAGAUUCUAAAUGGAAUCAUUAGCCUAUGUACCUUACCUUAAAACUGGACAAAAUCAUUCCCUGUGUGCCCUGGAAGAGAGGAAUCUGGACCUUUUUCAAGGAAGAAAGAUAAAGAACCUUGGAAUGAGUUUAGGUCACAAACUAGGCAAAAACUUUUCAAAAUUUUGUAUAGAUUUUCUGCAUCAACAAGCAAAUUUUCAGUUUUUAUUUAAAUGUUUGGAAAUAUCUCUUUUGGAACUUUGGUGUGCCUAAAGGUGACUUAAACCAAAAACUUGAUUUUGUAAUGCAAGUGCUGAUAAAAAAACAAAAAUAGAGUUUGCAAUGAACUAAACCCAAGCAUACUAAAACAAGGACAAAUUUUGUUCUAGCAGAUAACUUCUUAAUGAGAUGUACAAACCUAUAGAGAAGUUAGAGAUCAAAUAGCAAUUACAUUCAUUAUUUUGUAAAGAU